UCUUGGUUCCUUCCCCAUCGUCGUCUUCUCCUUCGCUCGCCAUUUCCGUGCCGAUCCCUCCUCCUUUAUCUCUUCCGAUCCGAUCCCUUUGCUUCUCCUCCUCCUCCUCCUCCUCCUCGUCCGUCGUAGUUUCCGAUCUCGGGAUCUUCUUCGGAAAUGAUGGAAGCGCAGAGGAGGCCGAAGACCAAGAUUGUGUGCACCCUGGGCCCGGCCUCGAGGUCCGUGGAGAUGGUCGAGAAACUCUUGAUGGCGGGGAUGAAUGUAGCCAGGUUCAACUUCUCUCACGAAUCCCACGAGUACCACCAAGAAACCCUAAACAAUGUCCGCACCGCGAUGGAGAAUACGGGAAUCCUCUGCGCCGUCAUGCUCGACACAAAGGGUCCAGAGAUACGAACUGGAUUUUUGAAAGAUGGCAAGCCUAUCCAUCUAACACAGGGUAAAGAAAUCACUAUAACUACAGAUUACAGCAUAAAGGGAGAUGAGAACAUGAUAUCUAUGAGCUACAAAAAGCUAGCAGUGGAUUUGAAGCCAAACAGUGUCAUUUUGUGUGCUGAUGGAACUAUCACUCUUACAGUACUUUCUUGUGAUAAGGAUGCAGGACUUGUUUGCUGCCGCUGUGAGAACUCUGCAAUCCUCGGUGAGAGGAAAAAUGUUAAUCUUCCAGGAGUUGUGGUUGAUCUUCCUACUCUGACUGAGAAGGAUAAGGAAGAUAUCCUCAAAUGGGGUGUUCCAAACAAAAUUGAUAUGAUUGCUCUGUCUUUUGUACGGAAAGGUUCUGAUCUUGUAGAGGUCAGAAAAGUUCUUGGUGAACAUGCCAAGUCAAUUAUGCUAAUGUCCAAGGUUGAGAAUCAAGAAGGGGUGGCCAACUUUGACGACAUUCUUGCAAAUUCAGAUGCUUUCAUGGUUGCACGUGGUGAUCUGGGUAUGGAAAUUCCUAUUGAAAAAAUAUUCUAUGCUCAGAAGGUGAUGAUUUUCAAGUGCAAUAUACAAGGAAAACCUGUUGUAACUGCGACUCAGAUGUUGGAGUCUAUGACCAAAUCACCACGACCAACUCGAGCAGAAGCAACUGAUGUCGCUAAUGCUGUUCUAGAUGGCACCGACUGUGUGAUGCUGAGUGGUGAAACAGCUGCAGGUGCUUAUCCAGAGGUAGCGGUUCAAACCAUGGCUAAGAUUUGCUUGGAAGCAGAAUCUUAUUUGGACUAUGGUGCUGUUUUUAAAGAAAUUAUGGCUGCCGCACCAAUGCCUAUGAGCCCGUUGGAGAGUCUUGCAUCAUCAGCUGUUAGAACUGCCAACUCUGCUAAGGCAUCGCUCAUUUUGGUCCUGACCAGAGGUGGAAGCACAGCAAAACUAGUAGCAAAAUACAGGCCUGCAAUGCCAAUUCUGUCUGUAGUGGUUCCAGAAUUGAGGACAGACUCCUUCGAGUGGUUCUGCAGUGAUGAAGCUCCGGCAAGGCACAGCCUUAUAUUUAGAGGAUUGAUCCCAGUGUUGAGCUGUGCAUCUGCAAAGUCUUCGGACAGUGAGUCCACUGAUGAAGCGAUUGAAUUUGCUCUUGAGCAUGCUAAAGCUACAGGGUUAUGCAAACCUGGAGAAUCCAUUGUGGCUCUUCACCGUGUUGGAGUUGCAUCGGUGAUCAAGAUCAUGACUGUUAAAUGAUUUUUUGACAAUCACCUUGAUGUUUCUCUCAUUUAGACAAUUUUUACCCUACAUAGUCCUUUGUUUGAGGCAAUUUUGCAUACUAAUACCGUAGUCCCUGUUUUAGUUGCAAUUUUGUUUUUUCCUUAUAAAGGCUUGCUUACUAUAUAAUAAAAUAAUUGGUUGAUUAAAUUUUGA